AUGGCCGGCGCGAUCGACCUCAGCUUCAGCACCACCGCCUGCCUCGAGGUUUUCAGGCUGGAUUACAGUAAUCCAUCCACGGACAUGCCCCUCGCGGGCGGCGCGGUGGCUGCGAACGAGCGCUUCCACCGACUCGUGUGGGGUCCGCUGCAGACGGAGGGGAUGCCCCACGGGCUCAUCGCCGGUGGCCUGGUGGACGGCAGCGUGAACCUGUACAACCCGGCGCGGAUCAUCGGCUCGCCCAUCGGCGCCGAGCCCAGCGACGGGGUGUCCAGCGGCGCCCUGGUGACGAAGAUGCAGAAGCACUCCGGGCCCGUGCGCGGCCUCGAGUUCAACAGCUUCUCCCCCAACCUGCUUGCAUCCGGCGCCGAGGACGGCGAGCUCUGCAUUUGGGAUCUCGCCAGGCCCGCGCAGCCGAGCCUCUAUCCCGCGCUCAAGGGUGGCGCCGGCGGGCAACCCACGGCCGGGGAGGUCAGCUACCUGGCGUGGAACAAGAAGGUGCAGCACAUCCUCGCCAGCUCGUCCCUCAACGGCACCACCGUGGUGUGGGAUCUGAAGCGACAGCGGCCGGUGAUCUCCUUCACCGAUCCCAACAGCCGCAGGAGGUGCUCGGCGAUGCAGUGGAACCCCGAGGUUGCGACGCAGCUCAUCGUCGCAUCCGACGACGACAGGUCCCCGUCGCUGCAGAUAUGGGACCUUCGCAACUCCAUCUCCCCGGCCAGGGAGUUUGUGGGCCACAGCAAGGGCGUCCUCGCGAUGGCGUGGUCGCAGGCGGAUCCCGGGCUGCUGCUCACCUGCGGCAAGGACAACCGCACGCUGUGCUGGGACACCGUGGCGGGCGAGGUGCUCGCGGAGUUACCCGCGAGCAGCAACUGGAACUUCGACGUGCAGUGGUCCAGCACCACCCCGGGCGUCCUCUCCACCUCCUCCUUUGACGGUCGCGUCGGGCUCUACAACCUGCAGCGCGCGGGCGGCAUCGACGCGGGUCCGGGCACCGUCGACCAGUACGGCGUUCAGCAGCCAGGUCCGAAGGCGCCGAUGAAGAAGGCGCCCGCGUGGAUGAGGAGGCCGUGCGGCGCCACCUUCGGCUUCGGCGGGCAGCUGGUGGGCUUUGGCGUCAAACCGAAGGGUGGCGCGGAGGAGCCCGCGGCGGCGGAGAAGCCGUCGGGAACCGCGCUCACCCUGAUGAAGGUUUCCACCGCCGUCGAGGCCGAGGUAUCCGCCGAGCUCGAAGGCGCCGUAUCCACCGGGGGAAGCGACGCGCUCAAGACGUUCUGCGAGACCAAGAAGAGCGAGGCGACCGAGACUGCGGCUAAGGAGGACGAGGAGACGUGGGGUUUCCUCGGGAUCCUCUUCGAGGAGGACGCGCGACGGGAGCUCCUCAAGCACCUCGACUUCGGCGAGGCGCUCGUCGCCAAGGAGCUGGCGGAGUCCGAGGCCGAGGCCGAGAAGGCCAGGUCGGCCGCGGAAGCCGAGGCGGCCGCGGCGGACGCCGCCGUCGCCGCCGCCGCCGCCGCCGCGCCGCUUCCCCCGGUGGACGGCGACGAGUUCUUCAACAACCUCCCGGAGCCGACGCCGGCUGCCCCCGCGGCGCCUCCGCCCCCGCCCGCGCCCGUCGACGAUGGGAUGUCCUUCUUUGACGACAUGGACGCGAACGGCGGGAUGCCCAAGCCCCCCCCCUCGCCCCCGCCCGCCCCCGCCUCCGAGCCAAUCGCCGAGGCCCCGGAGGCGGUUGCCGCUCGCAAGGCGGCGGCGGCGCGGGCUGCCGCGAUGGCCGCCGCCGCCGCCGAGCCCGUCGAACACAUGGACGCGCACGACGCCGCGGUGCAGCGUGCGCUCGUCGUGGGCGACUACCGCGCCGCGGUCAACGCGUGCAUCGCUGCGGGCCGUCACGCCGACGCUCUCGUGCUCGCCAGCGUGGGUGGCGCCGAGCUCUGGGAGGAGGCCCGCAGCAGGCACAUCGCGGCCAACAUCGGCCGGCCGUACAUGCGCGUCGCGUCCGCGGUGGUCUCCGAGGACCUGGAGGCGCUGGUGAAGUCCCGCCCUCUAGCCAAGUGGAGGGAAACCCUGGCCAUCCUGUGCACCUACGCGCCGGCGGAGUCGUGGGGCGCGCUCGCCGGCGUCUUGGCGGGUCGACUCGCCGACGCCGGCAACUUUCACGCGUCGACCUUGUGCCACAUCUGCGCGGGCGACGUGGACUCCGCGGUGCAGCACUGGCUCGGCGCCCUGCCACCGGGGAAGGUUGCCCCGCCCGCGCUUCACUCCGUGCUCGAGAAGGCUGUGGUGCUCACCCGCGCCACCGGGCAGUCGAGCGGCGUCGGCCUGGCGCAGCUGGUGGUGUCCUACGCGGAGGUUCUCGUGUCGCAGGGUCAGUUGGACGCCGCCAUCACGUACCUGGACAUGGUUCCCGACGGGGGCGACGCGAUCGUCACGCUCCGCGAUCGCAUCGUGCGCGGAGGGGCCGGAACCACCGCCAGCAGCAGCGCCGCCGCCCCAGCCCCAGCCGCCCCCGCUCCAGCCCCGGCGGCUCCCUCUCGGGGCGCAUACGGCGGCGCAUACGGCGGCUACUCCGCCCCGCCCGCGCAGCCCGCUAACCCCACCGGUACCUACGACGGCUACGGUGGAUCGUCCGCGUACGACGGCGGCUACUCCCAGCAGCCAGCGCAGCAGAGCUCCUACGGCGCCUACGGGCAGAGCACCUACGAGGCCCCCCCGGCUCCGUCGCUGCCCCCGCAGCCGGCGCAGAGCGCCUACGCGGCGUACGACUCCAACCCCGUGCAGUCGGCGUACGGCACUCAGUCCCCCAUGGGCAUGGGAGCCGCCGGCAUGGGCGCCGCCGGGAUGGGCGCGCCCCCGCCGGCGUUCUCCCCCGCGGCGGUUACGGCUCCGCCCCCGGCGUACGGUCAUCCCAACGUGAUGGUCCCGAGCGCGCCGCCGCAGCACGCGCCCGCCGCCCCGCCCCCUCCACCGCCGACGUCCACGGUCGCCGCGGCGCCGUCUUUCGACCCCUCCGCGUCGACCCCGCCGCCCCCGCCGCCAGCCCCCGCGGCCCCGGCGGCGUACGCCGCGUCGCCCCCCGCCGCGAAUGCGUACAACCCUGCGCCGGCGCAGUACGCUCCGGCUCCCGGCGGCGAUUACGGCGCGUACGGGGCGUCGCCCGCGGGCGGAUACGGCGCACCGGUCACGACGGCGGCGGGUGGUUACGGAACCCCGCCUCCGGCGCAGUUCCAGCCCGCGAUGCAGCCCAGCGUGAUGCAGCCGGGCGCGCCGGCGGCUCCCUCGUCGGCUCCCGCGCCUCCCCCCGCGCCCGCGGUGCCCAAGCCGCCCGCGAACUUGACCAUGGACACGGUGGACACGAAGGACGUGAAGCCCGCGCACCAGGGCAUCGUCAAGUCCAUCACCGUCCUGUUCAGGCAGUGCGAGGCCGCGGCGGGCAGUCACCCGGCGAGGAAGAAGGAGGUUGACGACGCCAGCAAACGCGUCUCCGUGCUGCUGUGGAAGCUGAACCGCGGCGACGUGUCGGAGUCGGUGUGCGGCAAGUUGCUGCAGAUGUGCGCGGCGCUCGACGCCGGGGACGUGGCGGGGGCGACGCAGGUGCAGGUGGCGAUGACCACGAGCGAUUGGGACGAAGCCUCGGGCUUCUUGACCGCUCUGAAACGCGGCCUGACCUGGUGGACCACCGACGUGGACAUCGAGACGUACUGCGCCGAGUACGGGACGGUCAAGUCGUGCGUGUUCUUCGCGGAGAAGUCCAACGGCAAGUCCAAGGGGACGGUGUGCGUGGAGUUCGAGGACCCCGCCGCGGCGAGGGUGUGUUACGAGAAGCUGCCGUACAAGCGGAUACGCGGCAGGGACAUCAGCGUCAAGUACGCGCCCAAGACUUCGAAGAAGGAGGGAGGAUCGCCGGCGGCGCCCCCGCGUCCGGUGCCGGACACCGCGUGGAAGGGUCCGGUGCCGCCGGACACCGCGUGGAAGGGUCCGGUGCCGGGUCAGAAGAUGAACCAGUUCCAGCAGCAGCAGAUGAUGAUGCAGCAGCAGAUGAUGAUGAUGCAGCAGCAGAUGAUGGGCGGCGGCAUGGGCGGCAUGAUGGGAGGGAUGGGGAUGGGGAUGGGCAUGCCCAACAUGAUGGGGGGAAUGGGCGGCCGAGGUGGCGGGCGGGGAGGUGGUCGGGGCCCUCAACACAAACGACCCAGGAACUGA